ACCAAAUUGCGUUGGACACGUUUGAGGAAUGAGAGGCACUUUGACAAAGAUCUGCAGAGCAGGACUCCUGUCUUCUUUCAUCUUUAUCUCAUACAUUGCCGUGACGUCUUCAAUGACGCUUGAUAUGACCGAGCUGAGAAAUAAAAUUUCAAAAAUCAAGGUGAAUCCGAGGGGUAAUCUGUGGGCAACAGGGCAUUUCAUGGGCAAGAAAAGUGUUGUGGAUGGUUCCUUUAUGGAGUCUGCCUUUGAAGAUGCGAAUGUUCCCCCUGAAGUCAGAGCUGUGAGUCCUCUGAAGCAAAUGACUGAAGACCUGGUGGCACUGCUCACUGAGAUAUUGAAAACUGCCCAACGGAAACAAGCAUUGGACAUGGGAGAUGGAGGUCCUGCUUGAGGAACACUUGAGCCACCAGUUCUUAAAUCUUUACAGCAACAGCAUGAAAUCCUCCUGACAAAGAAAAUAAUAUGUAUAUGUUUUUUAAAUGUGAAACAUGAUGCCAGUCUCCACUGUUUUGUUCUUGGGGCCAGUUAUUUUGAACCUAAUAUGUAUUUCUCCCUGACAAUAAACCCGUACUGA